GUGAGGCUGUAAGUGCUCGGACGACGCUCUAAACAGCUGAGCUACCCGGCCAGGGUUUAAUUCAGGAAUACUGUGCCUAUCACUCAACAUAGUUUCAACUUGCCAGCUAAAUGACUUUUGUGCCAGUGAUACCGGAGUCCUACACCCAUGUUCUUGCAGAGUUUGAGUCUCUGGAUCCAUUACUUUCAGCCCUAAGGCUGGACUCUAGUCGUCUAAAGUGCACGAGCAUAGCUGUGUCUCGGAAAUGGUUGGCUUUGGGCAGUUCAGGAGGAGGUCUCAACCUCAUUCAAAAAGAAGGCUGGAAGCACAGGCUCUUUCUUUCACACAGGGAAGGUGCAAUUUCUCAGGUUGCCUGUUGUUCACAUGAUGAUGAUUAUGUUGCUGUAGCUACCAGUCAAGGUCUUGUAGUUGUUUGGGAAUUAAAUCAAGAGCGUCGUGGGAAACCAGAACGAAUUUAUGUGUCUUCAGAACACAAGGGCCGAAAAGUUACAGCUCUCUGUUGGGAUACAGCAGUUCUUAGAGUUUUUGUAGGUGAUCAUAUGGGGAAAGUUUCGGCCAUCAAACUCAAUACUUCUAAACAAGCAAAGGCAGCUGCUACCUUUGUGAUGUUUCCUGUUCAGACAAUAACAACAGUUGACUCAUGUGUUGUCCAGUUAGAUUAUUUGGAUGGAAGACUACUUAUAUCUUCACUCACUCGAUCCUUCUUGUGUGACACUGAAAGAGAAAAAUUUUGGAAAAUUGGAAACAAGGAAAGAGAUGGAGAAUAUGGAGCUUGUUUCUUCCCUGGAAGAUGUUCUGUGGGCCAGCAACCUCUUAUAUAUUGUGCUCGCCCUGGCUCCAGGAUGUGGGAAGUGAACUUUGAUGGGGAAGUUCUAAGUACACAUCAGUUUAAGAAACUCCUCUCAUCGCCACCUCUCCCUGUGAUUACUGUAAGAUCAGAACCUCAGUAUGAUCAUACAGUUGGAUCCUCCCAGUCUUUGCCUUUCCCCAAACUCUUACAUCUUAGUGAGCAUUGUGUGUUGACUUGGACAGAAAGAGGAAUUUAUAUUUUCAUUCCUCAGAAUGUUCAGGUUCUUCUUUGGAGUGAAAUCAAAGAUAUUCAGGAUGUGGCUGUCUGCAAGAAUGAGCUGUUCUGUUUGCAUCUAAAUGGGAAAAUUUCACAUCUUUCCCUCUUCUCUGUGGAACGCUGUGUGGAACGCCUGCUAAGGAGAGGCCUGUGGAACCUGGCUGCUCGCACUUGCUGUCUUUUCCAAAAUUCUCUCAUUGACGGGCGAGGAAGAAAGUCUUUGACCGUAGAUAAGUUGGAGCAUUUGAGAUCUCAGCUGGACCUCACAACCUGUAGCGAUUUGGCUUCUCAACUAGAAGAACUGAUCUUAAAAUUUGAACCUUUGGACUCAGCUUGUGGCAGCCGAAGAAGCUCCAUUUCAUCACAUGAAAGUUUCAGCAUCUUGGACUCCGGUAUUUAUCGUAUCAUUAGUAGUAGAAGAGGCAGCCAGUCAGAUGAAGAUUCUUGUUCCCUUCACAGCCAAACCCUCUCAGAAGAUGAGAGACUUAAAGAGUUCAUCUCACAUCAAGAAGAGGACCAGCCAGAUCAGGGUUGCAGCUCCCAUGGAAAUGAAGACAGCGUUUCUCAUGUUCCAGUGACGCUUGAGACAGAUAAGAAUGAAACUUUUCUCCCCUUCGGCAUUCCAUUAUCAUUUCGCUCUUCAUCUCCUCUUGUGUCUCUUCAGGCUGUCAAGGAAAGUGUUUCUAGCUUUGUGCGUAAAACUACUGAGAAGAUUGGCACCCUUCAUACAAGCCCUGAUCUGAAAGUGAAACCAGAGCCCAGGAGUGAUGAACAGUUAUGUGAAGAAGAUGUGAGUCCAGUCACCUGCCCAAAGGAGGAAGACACUGAGGGAAUAAAAGAAGAAACGAGUCAACCUCCAGAAGAAGAUAAGUUCCAAGAGCUGAGAAUAGCAACAGCAGAAGCAAUGACCAAACUACAGGACCCACUGGUUUUAUUUGAGCCCAAGUCUCUGAGAAUGCUUUUACAGGAGUGGCUUUCGCAGUUAGAAAAAACAUUUGCCGUGAAAGACUUUUCAGGCAUUUCAGACACUGGCAACUCAUCUGUGACAUCGAACGAGGAUGUGGUAUUGUUUGAUGAGUCAAAAAACGGAAUGUUAGAUGACGAUAAUGAAAAAGAAAAAAGGGACUCUUUAGGCAGUGAAGAAACUGAUGAUCAGACAGCAUGUGAAUCUGUAAAUAAUCUGAGGGAACCCUUGGAUGACCUCUUUCAAGUAUGUUCUCCAUGCGACAUAGAAAACGGUCUCCGAAAGAGCCUGGCUGAAUUGACAACAUUGUGUUUGGAAUUGAAUGUCCUGAAUUCUGAGAUCAAAAGCACAAGUGGAUGUGUGGACCACACUUUGCAACAGUGCUCCCCUGAAAUUCUGGCUUGUCAGUUCCUAAAGAAGUACUUUUUUCUCCUGGACUUGAAGAGAGCAAAGGAGAGUAUCAAGCUUAGUUACACUAACAGUCCUUGUGUUUGGGAUACUUUUAUUGAAGGAUUAAAAGAAAUGGCAAGUUCCAGUCCUACAUUUAUGGAGAUGGAAAAAGGAGAUCUACCAACAAGAUUAAAGUUACUGGAUGACUCGGUCCCUUUUGGCAGCCCUUUGUUGAUUGCCUAUGCUGCCCAGUUGUAUGAUAAGUUUGGGGACUCUGCCCUUCGAUCCUUAAUCAAGUUUUACCCAGCUAUUUUGCCUUCGGAUGUCAUGCAACUUUGUCAUAACCAUCCUGCUCAGUUUUUGGUCUAUUUAGACAGUCUGGUGAAAUCAAGGCCUGAAGAUCAACGCAUGAAGAUUGGUGAUUUUUCUCCCCUACUUUCUCUUAGGCCAUCCUUCCUUGAGUCCCUUCUACAACCAGAGUCUUUAAGAUUGGAUUGGCUGCUUUUGGCAGUGUCCCAUGAUGCUCCCCCAAGCACAAGCACUAUGGAUGAUGAAGGAAACCCCAGACCUCAUUCACACUUGUUUUCCUGGGGUUACAGUCAGCUGAUCCUUCAUUUAAUUAAACUGCCCGCAGAUUUUACAACCAAAGAGAAAAUGACUGACAUCUGCAGAUCUCAUGGUUUCUGGCCUGGAUAUCUUACUCUCUGUUUGGAGCUGGAGAGAAGAAGAGAGGCCUUCACCAACAUCGUGUAUUUGAAUGAUAUGAGCCUGAUGGAUGGGGAUAGUGGUUGGAUCCCAGAGACCAUGGAGGAAUGGAAGCUUCUCCUACAUCUUGUACAGAACAAAAGCACAAAACCAGCCUCCCAGAAGUCACCAAAUGGGAGCUUUAGUGAUGAGCCUUCCCCUAUCAACAUGGAGAAUGUGGCACUGCUGUUAGCUAAGGCCAUGGGUCCAGAUCAGGCCUGGUCACUUCUACAGGAAUGUGGUUUGACACUUGAGCUGUCAGAGAGGUUUACCAGAACCUGUGAUAUCCUAAGGAUUGCUGAGAAAAGACAGAGAGCCUUGAUACAAAGCAUGCUUGAAAAAUGUGAUCGGUUUCUCUGGUCUCAGCAGGCCUAGUGGAAGAAGGUUCAGUCGGAUGUCAUGCUCCUGAGUCUUCUGAAUGCAUUUGUUGAUGAAGGAAAGGCACCACCUGAAAGCUCUGCCAUCUUAUUGGGAGUACUUUGGCCAGUGUCUGCAACCUCUGCAUUUAUGGCUUAUCUGUGGCCUCAGUGUUUCUCAGCCAAAGUUGAGUUUUGAAAGGACUCAGUCCUUGUUUGCUGAUAUGAAGUGUUCUGGAAUCAGAAUGUGAGUGUUUACAGCUAUGCAGUCUUUAUUCUGAACAACAGUGUUAUUUGUUCCUUGCUUGUGGAUUGGGGGAGCAGAAGUUUCUCAUUGUGGUCACAUGAAGACAGAUAAUAUAAUUGACAGGAGUUGAAUUCUUUUUAUAUCUUGUCUAGGACAGUUGAGAAAUUACUGAAAUAUGACCUGGUAUAAUGGAAUUAACACAUAAAAGAAGCGAAACACUGAAGAGUCAAAUUAGAUAUUAUGAAAUCCCCCAUAUUUAAUUUGAACUAAUUUAAAAUACUUUUCCCCCCAGUAUUUGACAUUUUCUAAUCUGAACCUAUAUACUAAUUCAUUACUGAAAAUGUUUUAUCUCUAAUCUUUCCUAAACAGAGAGUAGUUCGAAGAAAUCAUGCACUUUUAGAAAUUAUGUUUUAAAAGUCAAAAUAAAGGAAGGCUAAGUACUAAUAAAGACUGAAACAAGUGCUUGUAUUAUUUAAGCCAAAUACUAGAUUGCCAUUUGCCAAGCUCCUGUACACUUACUACAUAGCAUGUUAUAUUAAUAAUGUGAAAUCUGAUUAAAGUUUUCAUUUGAAUAGAA